CGACCUCGAUCGCGAUCUCAUUCUCGCUUCCAUUUACAAAUGGCUUCGCUUUCUUCGGCGGCGGUGGCCUUCGCCGUGGUUUUAGUCUCCGCCGUCGCCCCCGCCGUCCUCGCCCAGUCUCCGGCAUCUGCGCCGACGCCGGCCGCAACCAGCGACGGGACGUCGAUCGAUCAAGGAAUCGCGUACGUGUUGAUGGCGGUGGCGUUGGUGCUCACCUACCUCAUUCAUUCAUCGUCGUCCACCGCGUGGAAUUAGGUCUUCUAAAUUUGUUUCUGAUGGAUCAUGAUGAGGGGAUUAUUAAUCGAUGUUAAUGGCGAUUUAUAUAUGUUGAGAUGAUGUGACUCGAUCAGGUGAUUUGCUUGGAGAUGUAUCGUUUUUAUCCAUUUUGAUUUCAUUAUCGUACA